CAAGGCGCAGUCGAUCGAGCAGCGAUCAAGCCAAGCUAAGCUUAGCCACGACGAGGAUAUGGGUGCGCUUGGCGUCCUCCUCGUGAUCGUGAUGGUAGCAGCCAUGGUAGCAGCAGCGGCGGCGGCAGCAGCUGCUGCAGCAACGGCGAGCGGUCCUCGUCCCUUCUUCGUGUUCGGCGACUCCCUGGUGGACAGCGGCAACAACAAUUACCUGGCCACCACGGCGCGCGCCGACUCGGCGCCCUACGGCCUCGACUACCCGACCCACCGCGCCACCGGCCGCUUCUCCAACGGCCUCAACGUCCCCGACAUCAUCAGCGAGCACCUCGGGGCCGAGCCCGUGCUGCCCUACCUCAGCCCCCACCUCGACGGCCACAAGCUGCUCGUCGGCGCCAACUUCGCGUCCGCCGGCGUCGGCAUCCUCAACGACACCGGCAUCCAGUUUGUGAACAUCAUCCGUAUCCAGAAGCAGCUGCGCUACUUCGAGCAGUACCAGGGCAGGGUGCGGCGGCUGAUCGGCGAGCCGGCGACGCAGCGGCUGGUGCGGAGCGCGCUGGUGCUCAUCACGCUCGGCGGCAACGACUUCGUCAACAACUACUACCUGCUGCCCUUCUCCGCCAGGUCCCGCCAGUUCGCGCUCCCGGACUACGUCCGCUACCUCAUCGCCGAGUACAAGACCAUCCUCCAGCAGCUCCACGGCCUCGGCGCCCGCCGCGUCCUCGUCACCGGCUCGGGCCCGAUCGGCUGCGCGCCGGCGGAGCUCGCCACGCGGAGCGCCAACGGCGAGUGCGACCUGGAGCUGCAGCGCGCCGCCGCGCUCUACAACCCGCAGCUGGUGCAGAUGACCAAGGAGCUCAACGCCCAGUUCGGCGCCGACGUCUUCGUCGCCGUCAACGCCUACCGGAUGCACAUGGACUUCAUCUCCGCCCCGGCGGCGUACGGCUUCGUCACGUCCAAGGUCGCGUGCUGCGGCCAGGGCCCGUACAACGGCGUGGGGCUGUGCACCGCCAUGUCCAGCGUCUGCCCCGACCGCUCCCUCUACGCCUUCUGGGACAACUUCCACCCCACCGAGAGGGCCAACCGCAUCAUCGUCAGCCAGUUCAUGGCCGGCUCGCCGGACUACAUGCACCCGCUCAACCUCUCCACCAUCCUCGCCAUGGACGCCGCCGCAAUGCCAUGAUCCAUUGCCCUACUAUUUUUCUCUAUCUUAGUGUGCCAGUAGCAUCCGUGCGCAAUAAAAAUUGCUGAAUAAGCAGAGUAUCUGUCCUUUUAAUUCGCUCGAGUAGUCAAUAAAAAUAAUAAAGUAACUACGCUACUCCUAUUUUGUUUAUCAUCCUCUGCAUG